CUCCGUUUCAUUUCACUUUCCUUUGAAGUCCAAUCGCCCCUUAACUUAUUCCACUUUCAUUGCACAUUUUACUUUUCAUUCUAACUAACGCAUUUCUUUUGCCACAACUUUGUAAUAACGCCAAAUCAUCUUCCUUCUUUCUAUUCACACCCUUUUGCUCAUUCUUCACCCCUCUUCCUCUUUCACUUUCACUCCACUCUCUCUUUUCUAUCUAUCACCAUUUUUCUGCAGUGUAACUCUUUUUAUGUGUUACAAGGUUCUUGAAAUUGAGUUUGUGUCAUAAAAAAGUGAUUUUGUGAAAUGGGUUCUUGUAAUUCUGUUCAUAGAAACUCUAUAUGUUCUAAAACUGUUGAUAAGCUUGUGAUUCUUCCAUCACCCAUUAAAGACAAACCCAAAAAUGAUAACUUUAUGAUCCAUGAUGUUGCUGUUAAGUCUCAGUUAUCACCUUCUCAAUCAACCAACACCUUCAAUGUUAGCAAAGAGGAAGCAUUUUUUGAUUCCAAGGGCUGGUUAGACUCUGAUUGUGAAGACGAUUUCUAUAGUGUCAAUGGUGAGUUUACUCCAUCUCGUGGCAACACUCCAGUGCAUCACACUUUCGCGACCCCUGCAAUCAACAAAACGCCUUCUGGGCAUGUAGUUCCUGAACCAUCUCCAAGAAAAAAGAAUUUGUUGGAACUUUUUAAAGAAAGUGUCAGAGAAAACCAAAAUGGCGAAGUUGGAAAAACUUAUAGCGAUCAAGAGAAACAAGUUAAACCAAUUACUAUACACGAUCUUACUAAAUCUGCACAAAGUACUCCUUAUAUCUCAGGUGGUAACUCUGCAUGUAGUAGUAUUGAAAGAACCAUGAAGGAUGAAAACGAAUCGGUUAAACUUAAACCUGUGCAAUGUUGCCUUCCAAGCUUGGCUUCAUAUCGUAGCUUUAGUGAGAGGAGGAGGAACACAAGUCGUGCUAUAGCAGCUAAUGGAAAAGUUUGAGUUUUAGUGCUAUCUAUCUAUGUAUUUGUAAAAGAUGUUGGAAGAUAAAGCUUUCCAUGAAUUGAAUAUGAUAAUGUACAUCUUUAUCAUGUCCUUGUAAAGAGCUAAAUAGCUAUAUGAAUUUGAAAGCAUGUACACAUAAAAGGAAGGGAUGUUUUUAUGUCAAUAAGCAAAGAGAUUUUUGUUUUCAUGCAUAAAUUUGAUUUAUUGAGUUAGGUGCAUCAAUGGGUUAAUACUUGUCAUCGUAGUUAAUUAACAAUUGGGUAUCAUAAUUCAUUGUCAAUUGUAUAUCCAACUAGGGUUAAAUGAUAUGUGAAAAAAUCUUUACCAAUAAUGUGAAAAUGAUUUAUACCUGUUGAA